CGGAACCACAACACCAUGCGCCAUUAACUCCCUCCUUCUCGCACCUCGUCACAGCCUGCGCCCUCUGCCCGCUGAGCCGCAUCCAAGGCUACAUCGGCGCGUGCGGCGCGGAGAAAAGAAGGCAGGAUGGCCACCAGAUCGUUGCGGCACAGGUCGAGCCGCUACUCGAGUCCCGCAACUUUUGGGGAAAAAGAGGCUGCACCAAAGCCCGCCGAGGAUCUCUUGACAAGAAAUGGUCAACAGACGAGUCUGGACAAGUGGAUUGAGCCGACUGUGCGCCCUGCGGUCCCCAGCUUUGAAGACACAAAAGGUCUUGAGAGGGUGGGUGUGCUCGAGAACAUGCAGCCCCUGGGGACGGCGCCUUCUCAACGACUGCUACAAAAGCUCAAAUUGAACUAUGUUCGCCCCUCGCCACGACCAGCUCCCGCACAGGUGGAGGAGGUUGUCACUCCUGUGGCAGAACCUGAAAAGGUGGACUCUGCUUCCCCGUUGGAGGAGGACGUGGCAGUCACAACAGCGACAAUUGAGGCCGAGCAGCCUGAAAUAUUGUCCGAUAUACCACCAAACCAUCCACCGCCAUCUGAUACAAUCGUCAUUUCCAGUCCCCCGCGUGGUCGGCCUCCUCGGAGAGAUAUUGCAGAGAUGCCACAAGCAACAACGGUGUCGCCGUCUCCCGCCACGUUGUCAUUGACGCCGACCACCCAUGUUUCGCCCAAACCGUUAUCAAUUCAGCAGCAACUACGGCAAGACCGUCUUCGCACCCAUAUCGACCGUGCUGUACAGGAGGCGCAUCAGAAGAACACGCCAGAUCUGGUACGUGGGCUUCAAAGAAUCUGCGACGAUGCUCAGCUGAACCCUGAGUUGUGGAAUGUGUUGGAGGCCUUGGUCAACAAAUCUCCCUCCUCCGAGCAGUUUAAAAUUUUCAAGCGCUACAUCAAGUCGGGCGUCAAGCAGCAUAGGAGAGAAAGUCAGAUGUCUGCGAGCCCAUAUCAACAUUCUCCUCAAAUAUUCAACGACCUUGCCUCCCCUGAACACCGAGACCGCUCACCGAAGCCUCACCACUCAGACGCCAACGCACCCUUGUAUUCCGAAGAGCGGCCUCGCAGAAUCAACCUCUACUUCAACCUUCCUCGCGCUGCAGCUGCAUAUGGCUCUGAAGAAGCGCCAGUGUCGCCGUCUACAAUUUUGCGCUCUGUGGACGUCGCUGAACCCGGCGGAAAAUCUAUCCACCACGCCUCCAAUUCGUCACCGCACAAGCGGAAAAGAUCGGGCAGCGUGUCUACCAUCUCGUCGCUUUCAUCGGCUCCCUCGAUCCCUGAUGAAAUCCCACCUCCCUGGGAGCCACAUGGUGACGAGCCGGCAGGGGGUGGCCGAUCCAGAUCAGCUGGACAGCGCCAAGCCGCAAGCCGGGCGGCAGCUGGCAACAGACUCCGUUCAGCUGCCAGUGCCACCACUCUCCCUUCUCACGCUGCUCCCAAACAAUCCUUUCCAGAAGUUGCAACUUCGUCCAGGACGAGCUCCAACAAAAAGUUCAAAAAAUCGCGGGAAGAAACCGAGUUCGACAUUGAUGAGCUUUCUAGACGGAAGCGGCUUUAUCUGGAUGAUAGCUUCCAUGAUUACAACACCAUUCCUCGACCCGAGAGCCACGAACGCGAUCCUGUCCACAGCCAUCCAGUGCGACCCACAUCUAUCGACAAUCCUCCUCCUCCCGUCAUUCAUCCAAACCGCCUGGUCGUUCCCACCGCCACAUUGACGUCUCCCGUGAGCGCUCAGGCUCCGCCUGAAAACACCUUGGCCAACGGAACCGGUCGCAAGAGAAGAUACGAUGAGCUGGACGUUGAUGAUUUCGAGGAUACGACGCCCGAUUCAUCCUCUCCUGGUCCGCUGCUUGUACCACCACCGCCGCCGGGUGUGGCAAACGCUCACCCCCGGGGUGCGACCCCAAGGUCGACCAGGCUUCACCCGGCACAGAAAACACGCAAAUCUGCGCGGGUUAUGGUAUCGCCCAACAAGCCCAAGAAUGGCGGAAUCACGGCAGGAAUUGCACGUGCGGGGCCUAGGCGUGAUGCUGGGAUCGGCAAUUUGAAUGGAGCGGAUUCAGGCGCAGAGGAUAACGACGAGUUCUGCGCUUCGUGCGGUGGCGAAGGGAAGCUUCUUUGCUGUGAUGGCUGUACGAAUUCUUUCCAUCAUGCCUGCUUGGAGCCGCCCCUGAAUCCGGAUGAAGAGGUCGAAGGUGAAUGGUUCUGUCCGCGAUGUGUUGGCCGGCGAACGAAGCAGGUCCCUCAUCCAUCCGGGCUUUUUGGCAUGGUGAUUCGCCGCGUCGACGAUAUUAUCCCGAAAGCCUACACACUUCCUUCCGACAUCCGCGACUACUUUGAGGGAGUUCGAACGGGAGACGAGGGCGAGUAUGAAGAAGUUGGCCUCCCCCGCACCCAAAACAACACGGCUAAGAUGAACCGAGCUGGCUUUAUCGAGGAGCCCAAUUACAAGGAGACUCGCGACAGCAAAGGCCACAUCAUCAGAUGCUACCGCUGCGAUAUGACUGCUAACGGCCGGGACAUCAUUCCUUGUGACUUUUGCCCAGCGAGAUGGCAUUUGGAUUGUAUAGAUCCUCCUCUUGCAGUGCCGCCGCGCCGCCGCCCGGGUGACAAACCCGGUGCAUCAUGGCGGUGUCCUCUCCACGUCGAACACGAUCUGGUGGCUGUUGGUCGGCAGAGUGAGAAAGCUCCCGGGGAGCUCGGUCGCGUGCCUCGAUUACGCAAGCCGAAGAAUGCGGUACCACUCGAUGUCAGCGUAACUCGAGGCUUCCGAAACAACGGAAUCAUCGAGGUCGAUCUCAUGAAAGACGAGCCCGAACUUGACAAAACGAAGGAAGUCCAGAUGCAUGGCAAAAUUUACCGAAUUCCAGAGAUGGGUAUCAGACUGGAUUUUAUUGAUCGUGUCAAAAAGAGCUGGUACGAGGAUCAAUCCUUCCCCAGACAAAUGGACGCCCCCAAGCGGAUACGCAACCGCAAAUAUCGUCCUGAUGGUGCGGUUCUUCACCAUCCGCCUCAGCAGACUAUCGUCAAGAUUCGAGAACCCGACUUCUUCACGGGUGCGAAUGCUCUGGCCAUCACUGAGACGGCCAAAGCAAACGUCGCCUUGCGGAGACGAUCGAUCCGAGAACAGCAAACCGUCCUAAAUCUGGCUGAGAUGUCACAGAGGGGCAUCGACGGCUACUCUGGAGACGCGUUGGCAGAACUGACUAAUCAACUGAUUAGCGAAGCUCCCUCUGAUGUGGUGAACGCGGUCGAAAAGACCGAGCUUGAUCAACUCCUCGAAUUGCAAGAGCUCAUCAACAGAAGACUUGCCUUUUUGGGCCACGCUACGAAUACCUCACGCUCGAUAUCCAUGGAUGCUGAGUCUUUCGAUGGCAGCUUCACUGGCGACGAGCUUCCUCCUACCCAAGAUCCCAAUAUUGAUCCAACCCUACGAAUACUCCCAUUGGACAGGCUGCCAACUUCGACACCACCGUCUGCCGAUGAUGAUCUGCCUAUCGAUCCAGCAUUGCACAUGGCCUCUGUGGAUGACCUUUCUAAUCCUAAAAUGACGAACGGCGACACUGUCGAGGUCCACGAGAUCGAAUCCGACGAUGACGACGACGACGAAGAAGAAGAAGAAGAAGCUCGCCCAGCUCCGGUCGACGAGGCCGCAGCACGACGGCGAGCUAAGGAGGAAGCUGAUCAGCGAUGGCUCGACGCCUUCUUUCCGCUGAGGACUGAGACCCCAGCAAGAUAUAACGGCCCUACGAAUACGGCAGCACAGGGUUUUGGAAACCGGAACAGUAUCGACAGGAUGGAGACGUCGCCUUGACUCUAUGCUUCCUUUGGUUGGAAACUCAAGGUCUGAAGCACCCACCGACAGUCCAGGUUACCAGAUACCUCCCGAGGCCGCUACCGUAACAUCAGCACCCACUCAAGCGUGAGACUUGGCCCCAGAGAUUGUGUGCAGAGACGGAAAGCCCUAUCUACAGAGUGGUCAGAUGCGAGACUGAAAGCAGGGGAGGCUUUAUUGCAGCAACCAGACACAUCACAGCCCGUUCAGACGAGGAAUUGGGAUAUGGAAUCCUGUUUUGGAGUCAAAGUUUUGAAGCAUUUUCUGGCUGCCGAGUUGGUCCACAGGUCCAAUGUAUGACUCGAGCAAAGGCAGAUGAGAAUCGUGAUACGUUAGCACCAAUUUCGCUUUUUUCAAAAGUGUGACACGCAGGCAUUGGGGCGCGAGAUGGUGUUGUAUUGUUUCAAGGCGAUGCUGAUACUGAUGCUGUAUUCCUGGUCCAGUCCAGCGACAUAUGUGUACGGCAGGGAAGAUGGAGGAGGAGGGGGAGGAUGGGGUUUUAGUUGUAGUUAGUAAGAAUCGACGGGCCAGACUCGUAUCGUAUGUACUAAAAGACCAGGGACAAGGGCGGGAAAAGCGCCUUGUGGCUUCUAGAUGGAACGGUGUUUUUUCCCAUUGAGUGACUGUUGCGACGAGCCAGGACACAGCAGGAGCAGAAGCGGCUGAAGGAGACUGAGACAGGCAGACAGGCAGACAGACAGAGAGACACCAAGUACCUAUGUAUCUA